GAAGACGGGACGGUCUUGUUUUUGACGGUGUCCACGCGCACCAGUUGUGCUGUGAAAAAUGCGCAUCGAAAAAUGUUAUUUCUGCUCGGGGCCGGUGUACCCUGGGCAUGGGGUGAUGUUUGUACGGAACGACUGUAAGAACUUCAGGUUCUGCAAAUCAAAAUGUCACAGGAAUUUCAAGAGGAAGCGUAAUCCAAGAAAAACUAGGUGGACCAAAGCAUUCAGAAAGGCAUCAGGAAAGGAGCUGACAGUGGAUAAUUCUCUGGAGUUCGAGAAACGCAGAAACAUACCUGUUAAAUAUAACAGACAACUCUGGGACAAAACAGUGGAAGCCAUGAAGAGGGUGGAGGAAAUAAAGCUGAAGCGACAGGCCAAAUUUAUCAUGAACAGAUUAAAGAAGGGCAAACAGUUGGAGAAGGAAGAGGCCAUCCGCGAAGUGAAGAAAAAUAUUCACCUUAUCAAAGCACCACAUGCAGGAAAGGCCAAAAAGUUGGAAGAGAAAAUGGUGCAGAAGUUACAAGAGGAUGUCGACAUGGCAGAUGGCGAUAUUUAAUCUUGAGCCCAUGGUGUUUGUUCUUUUUGGGCACAGGUUGAUCUUGUAUAAUAUUAUACUGUUAUUUUCAAAUGGUAGAUGAUGUUUCUUUCAGAAGUUUUUUUUUUAAGUCACCAAAAAGGACACAAAAUAUUGGCUGAACAGAGACCUGCCUCCAAAAUUGCAGCAACUAACCACAUCGCUCCCAUAUUUUUCGUGUGGUAGUUUGGACUGUUUUAAGAAUUAACUCAAUACUGUUGCUUAGUAUGAAGUUUUGAUAAAUGCAGCUGUUAAAAGGUAACAACAAUGAUAGACUAUCUUAUGUGAAAUGCUCUUAUUUUCUGUGACAUGGAUUAAUGUACAACAUAAAAUAAAGCCCCAGUUUGUGCUAA